GCUCUUUUUCUUUCAUUUCCUUCACGAGCCCAUUUUUCCUUUCAAAGAAUGGACAUUCCCUCUGAAUUGAAAUAUAUUGCACCCUAUGUUCAAAGAGGACAAGAACUGCAGGAAAGAGAGCCUGUCGUUGCUUAUUACGCUCAGUAUUACGCUGCUAAAUUGGCCAUAGGCACCGGCCCUAGGAGUCCCUCAACCAAUGCAUAUCUGUCCCAUCUGCUGGAUACGCUGGAACAGCGCAAACAAGAUCUGGGAGCCAAUAACGAAGCCAUAACAGACGAUCUGGUGGGCUAUGCUCACGUCGAGAAUUUCGCGCUUAAAGUCUUUUUGAAUGCGGACAAUGAAGAUCGUGCUGGGAAAGCGUCAAAAAAAACUGCCAAGACCUUCUUGGCAGCGUCCAUUUUUUUGGAACUAUUAAAGUGUUUUGGCGAUUUGGAUGCAGAGACAAAGGCGAAGAUCAAGUAUGCCAAGUGGAAGGCAACCGAUAUUAUGAAGGCAUUACGUGAAGGACGUACACCUACACCUGGUCCUCCCGGAGGUAUGGAAGACCCUGAGCAGCCAUCCGGUUCUCCAACUGAGGCUAUGCAAGAGGACACGGUUCACGAUAACUUGAAUGCGCCUGCUUUUCCUCCUCCUCCGCCUUCCAUCUCAGACUUUCCCAGUCCUCCUUCAAACUUCACCGCACCUUUGCCGUCUCAUUCACCGGCGUCUUCGCAGGCUCCGUUUUCGCCUGCUGUUCCACCCCCCAAUAACAAUGUAUCACCGCCACCACCGCCGACGCCUCAGGUCAGUGUGACGCCCAUACCACCCCCCAACCCCGCUCCACCCUCCACCACGUUUCAUCCGGAUACCGCGCAAGCAGCGGCGUUGCCACCAAUGGCGGAUCCUGCCGCGAUUGCAGCCGCACAGAAACAUGCUAAAUGGGCCAUCAGCGCAUUAAACUAUGACGAUAUUAAAACCGCCCGUUUGCAAUUGCUCACCGCCCUCAGUGACUUGGGUUAUAAUCAAGACAAUAACUUUGGAUUUUAAGGAUGCCAAGUAAAUAAAAGAGUCA